AUGAAGCCAGUCUUCAGAGUGGCAGAUGGUGCACCUUUCCAGGGUAGUGUUAUGAGGCUUCAUAUCAGCAGGCAUCAUGAGUGGUGUUUGUUUUUUCAGUGUCUCAUAACUUCUCCAACAGUUACCAAUAACGGAGUCUCAAACGGCGGAGAUGAUGGGUUGAAAAAGUUUCAGGGCAGCAGAGAGGCCCGCUCUAUGAGGGUUGAUAUUCCAUUGAUAGCAGGGGGAGAUAUUUUCUCAAGGCAAACUCCAAGUUCCCAUUUCAAUGACAGUGAUGGGCUGAACAUGCAGGAGUUGAUGUUUCCUAAGUUUUUUUGCAGUAGGUCAAAGAUGACAGAUCUGAAAUGUUCAUAA